GAUGUAAAAAGUAUUUUAUAAGUUAUAUUAAAAAUAUUUUAGUGGUGCAUGGGGUGUAUAACAAGUAACAAGUAUAACUAGAAUGAGGGAGUACUAGUAGGUAGUGAAGCAACAUCUCUGCGAGCACUAGGUUCCUGAUCAAUGUGCAGGAGCUCUAGUAAUUCAGAGAUGGUUGUUUCGAACAAAAGCACGUUAGAAGAAGUUCUUGACAUUGAGAAGAAUAAGAUGCAUGCUCAGUGGGUGCUGAAUCCUCCAGAACCACCUUCCAUGUUGCAUCAGAUUGUGGACAACGUCAAGGACACCCUCUUACCCCAUCCAAAUCCAAACGCAUUCUCUUCUCUCAGGAAUCAGCCCUUUUCCAAACGCGCUUUCGCCUUCUUCCAGGACUUGUUUCCCAUUCUCGCUUCCUUCCAAGACUACAAUACCCACAAGCUCAAGUGCGAUUUCAUGGCUGGUCUUACCCUUGCAAUCUUCGCCAUUCCUCAGUGUAUGGGAAAUGCGACAUUGGCGCAACUAAGUCCUGAAUAUGGCCUCUAUACGAGCAUUGUGCCACCUUUUAUUUAUGCGUUGCUAGCGAGUUCAAGGGAGAUAGUGAUUGGACCUGGAUCUGUGGAUUCACUGCUAAUUUCCUCAAUGAUUCAGACAUUGAAAGUGCCAAUUCAUGAUUCUAUUGCAUACACUCAGCUUGUUUUCACAGUUACUUUUUUUGCGGGCAUCUUUCAAGUUGCUUUCGGCUUCUUUAGGUUGGGUUUUCUGGUCGAAUAUCUUUCCCAAGCCACCAUCGUCGGCUUCUUGGCAGCAGCUGCCGUCGGCAUUGGACUUCAACAACUGAAAGGAUUAUUUGGGAUCGUUAACUUUACCAACAAAACUGCUUUGUUUUCUGUCCUCAAAGCUGUUUGGACAUCCUUCAAAAACAAAUCAGAGUGGCACCCUUACAACUUCAUUAUUGGAAUCUCAUUUCUCUGUUUCAUCCUAUUUACCAGAUUCCUGGGCAAAAGGAACAAGAAACUCAUCUGGUUGUCACACGUUGCACCCCUCCUUUCUGUUAUUGUAUCCUCUGUUAUUGCAUACAAAUUAAAUGUUGGAGAGCAUCACGUGAAGGACUACAGAGUUGAAGUCUUGGGACCAAUUAAAGGAGGUGGCUUUAAUCCAAGCUCACUCUACCUGUUAACAUUUGAUGCCAGAGUUGUGGGUCAUUUGAUUAGAAUAGCCUUCAUCAUUUCUAUUAUUUCACUCACCGGAUCUAUUGCUGUUGGACGAUCAUUUGCAUCUCUAAGAGGACACAGUAUUAAUCCCAACAGAGAAGUGGUAUCCUUGGGCAUAAUGAACAUAGUUGGAUCCUUCACUUCUUGUUACGUUGCAUCAGGGUCAUUGUCACGUACGGCUGUAAACUACAAUGCUGGGUCUGAAACUAUGGUGUCCAACAUAGUGAUGGCACUCACAGUGCUCAUGUCACUUAAAUUUUUGACGGGGCUUCUGUAUUUCACUCCGAAAGCAAUCCUAGCAGCAAUAAUUCUUUCGGCUGUGCCAGGACUGAUUGACCUAAACAAAGCAUGUGAAAUUUGGAAGGUUGAUAAAAUGGAUUUCCUUGCUUGUGCUGGAGCCUUCUUGGGAGUCUUGUUUGCAUCUGCAGAAAUAGGCCUUGCAAUUGGGAUCGCGAUAUCAUUUUUGAAGAUAAUUAUAACCUCAAUUCAACCUGCUAUAGCACUUGUUGGAAGGCUUCCAGGAACGGAUGCAUUUGGCGAUGCUCAACAAUACCCAAUGGCUGUCAACAUUCCUGGAGUUCUCAUUGUCUCUUUAAAAUCUGCUUGGUUUUGUUUUGCAAAUGCAAACCUUGUACAAGAAAGGAUUGAGAGAUGGAUGACUAGUGAAAAAGUCAAGGAUGGCAAAGGAGGAGAAAACACCUUCACACACGUCAUUUUGGAUGCCUCAAGUCUUACGAAUAUUGACACCGCGGGAAUUGCUUCUUUGAUGGAGCUCAAUAAAAAUUUGACUUCACGUGGAAUAAAGUUAGCAAUCGCUAACCCUAGGUGGAAUGUAAUUCACAAACUAAGAUUAGCUAACUUCGUGAGCAAAAUUGGAGGAAGAGUUUUCCUUUCUGUGGGAGAAGCAGUAGAUGCAUGUCUUGGCUCUAAAGUGGUUCCUGUAUAACCAACAACAUUUGCCUUAAUUUCUAUGGAUUAAUUGUUUUUGUAUUCA